AUGUCCAUCGCUUCCUUCAGUCAGCUGAAAGCGACAUACCUCCAAGUCAUUGAAAGAACUCUCGAGCUCGGCGAUCCCAGCGACUUCGCCAGCGGUUCGCUGAUCUUCGAGCGAUGGCGUGCAGCCCUGCAGAGGCGCCUCCGCGCACUCCAGGAGAAGAAUCCUACGAAGUAUGGGGCGCCUGGCACCACCGCGCAUUUGCACUACCAGGCGCCGGGACACGAGGAUGUCUUGGGUGCGGUCAAGGACAUUGUAGAUAUAGCCGCAGCGCAAAAAGGCUUCGAAAUCUUGAACCGUGUGGAAGUCGCACCGGCUCUCAUGAUCAUGGACCUGGAUGCAGAGGCCGCCGGCGGAUUCCCAGAAGUCCCCGAGGCCGAGGAAGGCUCCGCCACAGCCUCGGAGGAGGAAAAGGAGUUGAUGCCGCUGUUUGGUGCUCCUGCGCCGGACAAACCUCGACGAAAGCGCUCAAAGGUCGCUGCAGGCUUCCCUGCCAUCGCCCCGGGUACCCCUGGGUUUCGCUCGGGCGUCCCCGGGACGCCGGGGCCCGGGACGCCAGGCUUCCCUGCCAUCGCCCCGGGUACCCCUGGGUUUCGCUCGGGCGUCCCCGGAACGCCGGGGCUUCAGAUGCCACGCACGCCAGGCGUCCCUCUCCCGCUGAGCCCUGGCGCUCCGGGCCUCAUCUCGCCGUCGACUCCGGGGCUCGCUCCUGGCACGCCCGGGAGCUCCUUGGCCCUUUUGCCGCCUUUGCUCUCGCCGCCGCAGAAGGCGCCAGCUGUUGACAGCAUCAAGGAGGAGGACGAGUUUCGCGGAGCCUUCGAGGAUGCACAGGUCAUCGUAGCGAGCACAGGGCGUGGAGACACGCAGCCUGAUGAGGCCGUCGAGACGGCACCGAUGAUCCAUGAAGGCGUCCUGAGCGGCUCUGAGGGCGAAUCCGAGCUGAACUCAGAUCUGGACGACGAUGAGGAGGAGGAAGCAAACGCCCGUCGUGCAAAGAUGUCGAACUUGCUUAUGGAUCUCUUCAUUGCUUCCAGGUUUGCCAUCGCGACGAAGAAAUCUUGGGAGAAGACCCUGACGCCCGAUCGAUGCGCUCCCAAUCUGGCUGAAGAUGAGCGUCCCGGCUGCAGGGGAUUUGGCUGCACAGGCAUGAGUUCGAAGAGUUGGCUAAGCCUGCGUGAUGAAGGUUGCGUUCUCCCCGGAGACACCUGUUGCCGCAACGACCUCAAUCAGCAAGUUUCCUACAUGCUGGAGGAGGACUUCAUCUGGGCGGAGAGCGACUGGCUGGACCCGCAGGAGUUGUUCACAGUGCCAACGCAACAGACAUGGAAGUUUCAAUCCACAGCCAAGGUGAUGAGCAUCUGCCUGGCCGCAUUUGCAUUGAUGGCAUGCUGGCAGUUCGUGGCACCCGUGUUCGUGCAGCCCAAGACCAACAGGGGCCUGGAGGCAGCUGCGCCGGCAGCCAUGGGCGCUCUCGUCUCGAUGGCCUCGUCUUUGCCUGCUGAGGCAACGGUCCCCGCCAAGGGCCCACUUUAUGGGACGGAGCUUUGCACCAAGCCGCUGAUCUACAUCAUCUACCCGCUUUGCGAGCCUGUCUUCCUGGUGUGCCCCCUCUACAACUUUCCGAUCGUGUUGGGCUUCUUCGCUGCUCUCGUCACGGUGAUCAACCUCAUCCUGCCCGAGACCCAGCCUGACGAGGACCUGAGGGUAACUGGUAACAUGUUAGCAGACUGGCGUUCAAACCUGAUCUCAUCGCAGUGCAAUUGGCUUCAGCGGACGUUCGACUUACACCUAUUUUCCCCAAGGGUGAAGUCAAGCAUCAUGGCCCGCCGUGGACGCAGCCUCGUAAUGAGCAUCUGCCUGGCCGCAGUGGCAUUGAUGGCAUGCUGGCAGUUCGUGGCACCCGUGUUCGUGCAGCCCAAGACCAACAGGGGCCUGGAGGCAGCUGCGCCGGCAGCCAUGGGCGCUCUCGUCUCGAUGGCCUCGUCCUUGCCUGCUGAGGCAACGGUCCCCGCCAAGGGCCCACUUUACGGCACGGAGCUUUGCACCAAGCCGCUGAUCUACAUCAUCUACCCGCUUUGCGAGCCUGUCUUCCUGGUGUGCCCCCUCUACAACUUUCCGAUUGUCUUGGGCUUCUUCGCUGCCCUCGUCACGGUGAUCAACCUCAUCCUGCCCGAGACCCAGCCUGACGAGGACCUGAGGGUUGGCUGA